GAUUGAUGGACCUAGAUGGCACCAAAAGAAGAAAGGUUUUUGUCAUAAUAGGAUGGGAUUUCCAGUACCUCCUUCCUCCAAGAACUCUCAGCACUUACUGAAUUUUAAUUCAGCCGUCUUUGACAAUUAGAAUGUUUACUUUGACUAACUUUUUACAUUUCUAAACCUAAAAUACUAAAUAUUUCUCCUGCCCAUUUAGUGGAGAAAAAGGCAAAGCAUAGAAAGGCUUUAGUCUCUACUUCUGAGACUGGAAUAAAUGAAUGCUAACAUCUUACAGAACCAUCUGAGUCAGAGCUUUUCAGUGACCUUGGAUAGAUGAGAAAACUGAAACCCAGAUACAGGAAAUAACAAGUCCAAGCCUCCCCAAAUGGCUAGAGGCAGAGCAUGGACUAGAGCCUGGGUUUCCUGACUCCUAGUGUUCUGGGGUCUGCAGCCUUCCUUUAUGUCCUUGAUGGCAUAAGCCUUUAUACCCAGUCCUGGGAGCCCUGUCUCAGGACUCAACUUCCCUAUGGGGAGCACAGGGAACUGGGAUUGGGGCAGGCAAACUGGUGGUGCCAGGUUCUUCCCUUUCCUCCCAAAUUUCCAGCUGUGGAUGGGGACCCACCCCCGGGGAGAUGCCAAGAUCCUUGACAACCGCAUUUCACAGAAGACACUAGGCCAAUGGAUCGCUGAGAACCAGGACUGCUUGGGCUCUAAGGUCAAAGACACCUUUAAUGGCAAGCUGCCCUUCCUCUUCAAAGUGCUCUCAGUUGAAACGGCCCUGUCUAUCCAGGCACAUCCUAACAAGGCGUUGGCAGAAAAGCUGCACCUCCAGGCUCCACAGCACUACCCUGAUGCCAACCAUAAGCCAGAGAUGGCCAUUGCCAUCACCUCCUUCCAGGGCUUAUGUGGCUUCCGGCCAGUUGAGGAGAUUGUGACCUUUCUGAUGAAAGUGCCCGAGUUCCGUUUCCUAAUUGGAGAUAAUGCAGCAACACAGCUAAAGCAGAGCCUGAGCCGUGACUCCCAGACCAUGGCCUCUGCUCUGCAGAGCUGUUUCUCCCACCUGAUGAAGAGUGAGAAGAAGGUAGUGGUGGAGCAGCUCAACCUGUUGGUAAAGCGGAUCUCCCAGCAAGUGGCUGCUGGGAACAAUGUGGAGGACGUCUGUGGGGAGCUCCUGCUGCAGCUGCACCAGCAGUAUCCAGGUGAUAUCGGAUGCUUUGCCAUCUACUUCCUGAACCUGCUUACCCUGAAGCCGGGGGAGGCCAUGUUUCUGGAGGCCAACGUGCCCCAUGCCUACCUGAAAGGAGACUGCGUGGAGUGCAUGGCGUGUUCAGACAACACAGUACGUGCUGGUCUGACACCUAAGUUCAUCGACGUGCCAACUCUGUGUGAAAUGCUCAGUUAUACCCCUGGCCCCAGCAAGGACAGGCUCUUUCUUCCAACACGGAGUCAGGAAGACCCCUACCUCUCUAUCUAUGACCCCCCUGUACCAGACUUCACUAUUAUGAAAAUGGAGGUCCCGGGCUCCGUCACUGAGUAUAAGAUCUUGGCACUGGACUCUGCUAGCAUCCUCCUGAUGAUGCAGGGUACAGUGACAGCCAGCACUCCCACAGCCCAGGCAGCAAUCCCCCUACAGCGUGGCGGGGUACUCUUCAUUGGGGCUAACGAGAGCGUCUCACUGAAGCUCAUGAUGCCUGAGGACCUGUUGAUGUUCCGUGCCUGCUGUCUGCUGUAGAGGCCACAGCCAUCUCCUGCCUAGUCACCUGAAAUCCUGGCCAGCCUUACCUCCUCAGGCCCAGCCCAAAUGCCUUCCCUGCUCUGGACGCUCUGGAGAUGCCUUAGGAGAGCUGGUGGAGUAGUGAGCAGGCCUAGGCUGAACCAUCUUCCUGGGAGGGUCCCAUGUGAAGACUAAGGACUGACACUUCCUUUGUGUUCUCAGCACACCUGAGCCAGACUCAAUGCAGGAGGCAACAGCCCUUCCACCUACCGCAUUAAAUAGGCUGGUGAAAUCUAUGAUUAGCUCAGUAUCAGUUACAGCAAAAGGGUAGGUAACUAAUUUUUAAGAACAGGGUUCUGGCCCUGAGGUUGCCUGUUUCCUUGGCUGGAGAGGACGGAAAGGGUAGGCCUGCGGACUGAUAUAGUUCAUUGUCACCCUCUUGCUCUGUCAAAGCAAUUAAAGAUCACCUGUGUUGAGGCUGUGGGGGUGCACAGCACUCAGCCA